UGUGCAGGACAACAGCACUAACUCAGCGACGAGGAAAUGGGCGUUUGCUGAAGUUGACCCCAAAAAAUCGUCCAAUUUACUGGUGAGCCGAAAAGGGCGGAGAGUAGCAGCAGACCAGAAUAAACACGGCACGGUGCUUUAAUACAUAGUAUACUUGCCUUUGCUGGACUUGGAUCACAUUUGGUGCUGUUUUUUACCAUGGCCUCCCUUCUGGUGUUUGUCACACUGCUUCAUCUCAUCACGCUGGCGGUUCUGUUUAUCGCCACCAUGGAGAAGUCCUGGUGGGUUUGGGACGGCACUGAACACUCAGACCUUUGGUACAACUGUCGAUUUGACAAUGAAACAGAGGCAUGGUUCUGUGCAUCAUCAGAAGAGACAGAGUGGCUUCAGGCUGUCCAGGUUCUGAUGGUCCUGUCUGUGGUUUUCUCCGCCAUUUCAUUCCUGAUAUUCCUUGGGCAACUUUUUACCAUGUCUAAAGGAGGACUCUUUUACCUCACUGGCGUCUGCCAGGCCUUUGCCGGCCUCAACACCUUCACCGCCGUGCUCAUUUACACUCUGCACAAUAGAGAAAUCCUUCAGGACCCGCGGGAGCUGAGCUCGGGACGCUUCGGUUACUGCUUUUACUUGGCGUGGGUUUGCGUACCUUUGCUUCUGUGUAGCGGAAUCAUGUACAUCCAUCUGCGCAAAAGGGAAUAGAAACAGGUCUCUUUAAAAAAAGGCAAGCCAUGCGAAGAAUGUGAGCUGUUGACAUACUCCACUGAUUGAUUAUAUACUUUAUGAUAGCUUACGAGACAUUUAUUUUUUGCUUAUUUAGACUGUAUUUAGCCAUAUAUACAUAUACACAAAUGAAAUAUGGUCACAACGCAGCCCAAGAUGACCACAGCUUAGUUAACUCUUAAAGGGCAACCACGACUAAUCUAUCUGAUUAGCUGAAUUGUAUCUAAUUUAAUAAUAAAAGGGGCCAUGUAACUUAAUCUUAUUUCAUACUGAAAGGGAUACUUGUUGUAAACAUUAUAGCGGUAUCCAUAUGCUAAAAUUUUGAAGUUCAACAAACAAUGAAAAUUCUGUCAUUAAUGAUUCACCCUCAUGUUGUUCCAAACCUGUAAGACCGUUCAUCUUCAGAACACGAAUUAAGAUAUUUUUGAUGAAAUCCGAGUGCUUUCUUCUGUCUCAGUCUCCCCCGCGCGUUUACAAGAAUACCACAACAUAUGCAUGUCUAGCUGCAGACAUGCACUUGAAUUUUCAGACAUGCGCUCACAGACAACUGCACUUCCGCAAAUGACGUCACUUGCAGGCUAUUUUAUUUUUAUUUUAUUAUUAUUUUUUUUAAUUGAAUUUCAGUAGUCAGGUGGUGAAAACAAGAAAAAAAAACUGAGUACAAUGUCAAUCGCCACUCGCAAUCGCCACUUGCACUCUGCUACCUGCAAUUACACAAAUUGUGCGUGUUGCCAAUGAAGACAAGACACUGUGAUGGUUAAACGAUUAAAACUAAUUUAACAGCAUAACGUACAGGGUCCUGCAAGUCAUCUGUAGGACAAGACCCGCAAAUCCGUGGCCACAGAACAGCAGAAUCUGUCUCUAUUAAGCGUUUUCCUUCCAUAGAAAACCAUUAACACUUGGCUUAAUAUAUUAAGAUACAUUAAGUGCCAUUAAAAGAUCAAAAUUGUUAUAUAGUUUAUUAAUUUAAUGUACUUCAAGGAAAGCAUAUGGCAAUGAACACAAUGCAAAAACUUUUAUACUUGCCCAGUAAAUGCUUAAUGUGGCAAAAGUACUGAUAAAGAUCAAAUUUAGUAUAAACCUUAUUGUUGACAAACUAUAUCCACCUGUUUCCGAGGGGCACUACUGUAAAAAAGAACGUGGGUACAACUUCCGGUGAGGUGGUGGUAGUAGUAUAACAAUAGUAUUUUGUGUGCUAAUUAAGUGUUUUUCGGAUCAUUGUUUAACGUUACUUUGUAAAGUUGCAAACCUUUAUGAGAGAUGUCGUUACGGUGCUCAGGGACAACAUGUGCUGUUUGAAGCUGUGCUCCCACAUCGUUAGCAAGUUUGGAUCGCUAAAUCAUGAAUGACCGUUAACUGGUGAUGAGACAUUUGAACCGAGGCUUCGGAGCUUGUGUUGCCCAUGCCCAGUAGCUAGAGCUGUAUCCCUUCUAGUCUUAACCGGGUGUGGGCCUCACUUUCUCUCCAGUCCCGUGCGCGACUCAUUUUAUGUGUCGGUUUGAACCUUGACAUAUUACUUAUUUAUUUAUAUUUUUAAAUACCCUGUCAUACAAGUAAUAUGAAAAAUACAGAUUAUUUCAGGAAAACUGUAAUAUUUGCCAUUGCAGUUCAUAUGUGUACAUUGUUAUUCUAUUACAUCAUAUAGAUAUUCGUACUAGCAUUUAAUGCCACAGUUUUUAUGGGUAAAUGAAUUUAUCAGAGGCAGAAAUUCAACAAACAAACACACACACACUGUUAGAUUUUUAUUUGUGCAGGUAACAUGAAACGAUCUGUGAAUGUUAUGUCCGAUGGAAUUUCUUUUACAGGCUUUUGGCUGCUUUAUUUUUUACUAACCACCAGAUCUCGCUGUUUUAGACACUUGAAGCUUUGAAUCUUUUCCCAAAACGGUCAGAGGAAAAUGUCAGUUCUUCACUAGGCUUUAUUUGCCCAUCACUACUGUCAACUGUUGAAUGAAUAAGUGUCAUGUCGCGCUUGUUUACUUUGAACCGGAAGACGCUCCCACUUUUGAGGCAAGGCCUCAUGGGGCGUGGGAAACUUGUGGAUACCAGCAGAUAUGAACAUGCAAUAAGAAAUGCAUUCAAGGGGUCAUCGGAUGCAAACUUCACUUUUACAUGUUGUUUAAACAUUAAUGUGUGUUGGCAGUCUAUGUACACAUCUACCCUAUGACAAAAAUCCAUGCAGUGGUUUUUAAUUAAUCUGUAAAAAUAAUAUCCAGCUCGGUGUGUCACACCGACAGUGGCCACUAGCACGAUAGUUGAUUGACAUCUUACCUCAGCUGCAGAUCAACAGUCCAACCUCCAUUGUUUUGAUACCAGAGCAGGGAUGUAAGUUAGACAAGAAUAUCUCAGAUUGAGCGAUUGGUGUGUUGUGUUGCUGGAUGUAAUAAUGAACAUAGACUGUAAAGAACAUGGACGUAGUGUCUGUGACGUCACCCGUAGGUUUCUGAAGAGCAUUUUUAAAGCUCUUAGUGGGCGGGAGUCAGCUGUCGCCAUCUUGGAAUCGCGUCAUUGCAUGUCACUCCUGGAUAAUUGAAAAUGGGCAAAUAGGUGGGACGUGGGUUGAGCUGGUUGCUGAAACCACGCCCACCUAGCGCGACGGUGGUAAUCCACCUGUCAUUCGAGUGGCCACGCCCUAAAUUAUGCAGAACUUUAAGGCCUCAUAUAAAUUAAAUGGAUGAGUUAUAAAAAAAAAUUCACCCCCCUCACAGUCGAAGGGCAAAAUUAGCGAUAUAGACCAAAACCACUUUUUGAACCAGGCUGUAAACAUAUUUUUUUUCUGCUGUGAAGUUGGGCAUUUUAACAUGGGGAGUCUAUGGGAUUGACUCCCUUUUGCAGCGUCUCUAGCGGCCAGUCAAUGAACUGCAGUUUUAGUCACUUCCGUGUUGGCUUCAAGA